AUGGAAUUUAGUGCCACUAAAUAUAAUUUUAUUCCCAAUAAAUGUGAAGCCAAAGGCAAAGGGCUUUUAAACACUUUUAUAGUAGACAAUCAAAAAGCUAAUUUCUACUAUGCUACCACUUAUUUUUUGCCAAAAAUUUUUAAGAUUUUUGCUUACUUUGACUGUAAAUUCUUAAGAUUAAAUAGAAUAUUGACUGAAGCUUUUGACGCUAAAUAA